GUAUUUUAGGUACCUUACUAAAGUACGGAUCUAUAAAUAAUAUUAGUUGACUCUUGAGCAUAGCUCACUAACAAAGAAGAUAACAUUGAGCUAAGUAGCCUCAUGUGUUAAUAAUGAAUUUUAAAAAUAGCAAAGACUCAAAAAAGGGAAUAUCAAUACGGAAUAUAGAACCAGAAAGUUGAAAAUGUUAACAGCUAGAAGCCGAGCUGGGUACCUAGGUACCUCGCUGCGUGGGGAUCAUAUCGGAUAAAGGUAACCCGUUUCCGGCGCCUCGUAGUCAGCCCCAGUUCCAUCAGCCUCAUGUCGUCAAGCCUCUCUCUACCUUACCUUAUCCAAUGACAUCCGAUUCGACAUUGCGCAUCCUCCUAAUCGCACUCGUGCCCACGACAUCAUCCUUCAACGUAAUUCGCGAUAGCCAUAGCAACCGAAUUAGCGUCCGCCAAUCCCAUCGUCAACGACACUUACACCUACCACUUGCUAAGUCAACGUAGCUGAGCGCUUAGCCGGCCCCCAAAAACCGCCCAUCAUGAAGCCCGUCGUCAGUGCCAUGCAAGCUUGGUCUUGCGUGGUUAUUUCCGUCUUCGCCAUUAUCAUCCUCUUGAUUCUCGGCGGCCUCUACCGACACAACCACCACGAAUUCGUAGGGGGCGCCGACGACCCCAAGGACGGCCAAGCGGUUGCGAGCACCGUAUUUACCGCCGUUGUCGUAUAUGCUGCUUUCCUGGUAUUCUGCGGCCUUCAGGGCUUGUUACACCUACGUGAAAACCGACGGGGUGCCAUUGCGCUGUCAUAAGCGUUGACUCUGAUUCGUGCAUUAUACUGUAUUAAGAGACGCAGGCGUUCCGGUUCCUGAAUCGCAUCGAAUUUACUUGGAGGAUAUUGGGCUGCGGCAUUUGCGAUUGUCAAGUAGCUUUACGAAGUCAUACCUGGUCACUCACCAAUGGUAGUGACCAGGUAAUAGCGUGGCCAAGAAUUACAUGUAUGAAUAGGUGUGGAAGUUGAGUUAGGAAUGGAUGACUUCGUGGGUUCGUCGUACUAGAGGCUUGCCUCGGUUCUAUCAACCUACCACGACCUGCUACAUUGGGAGACAGGCACAUUAAUUGGCAAUCAAUAUUAAUCUACGAAGCAUUGUCUCGCAUUUCUUAUCACGCAUAUAUAAUGCUACACAGCCAAAAACAUUUUAAUGAGUUAGCAUGGCAGGUAAUAUAUAUAGACGGGAGCUUUAUUAGUUGUGGAAAGUAAACAGUUUCUUUCCUCCCAAUGUUGAAUCUGCAAAGCGUUAAUACUAUUUGCCUUAGGAAUUUCACUCUUUUUUCUAAUUAGGCUUCAUGUUCUAAAUGAAAUUGGCACGAUAUUCUUUUCCGAUAGUAUAAAUUACACGUACGAGUAAAUAUUUAGUAAGG